UCAAAGGGAGAGAGAAAGCAGUGGGAGGCGGGGUGAGGGGGCUGGGUGGUUGAAUGAUAAGACCAGAAGGGAGACGGAGCCAUACAGUGGUAAUUUUAUUUAUCAUAAGCUUGUCGUUUACGCCAACGCUUAUAUCCGGAUGAUUUUAAUUUAGCGCAGAGUAAGGUGAGUGCUAGUAAGGAUGACAAUGCCACAUGUAGGGGCAGUUUUUGCAGCUAUUGCAGGAGUGAUGGCCAUCAUGCUGCACUCCUCUAUUCACAAAAUAGAAGAAGGACAUCUUGCUGUGUACUACAGAGGUGGGGCCUUGCUGACUUCUCCCAACGGUCCUGGAUAUCACAUUAUGCUGCCUUUCAUUACCACCUACAGAUCAGUUCAGACUACGCUCCAAACAGAUGAGAUCAAGAAUGUGCCUUGUGGAACAAGUGGUGGUGUGAUGAUCUAUUUUGACAGGAUAGAAGUAGUUAACAUGCUGGUCCCUUCCGCAGUGGUGGACAUUGUGAGGAACUACACUGCUGACUAUGACAAAACUCUCAUUUUCAACAAGAUUCACCAUGAACUCAACCAGUUCUGCAGUGUGCACACACUACAAGAGGUCUACAUUGAGUUAUUUGACAUUAUUGAUGAGAACCUCAAGACUGCAUUGCAAAAAGACCUGAAUGCGAUGGCACCUGGACUUACAAUACAGGCUGUCCGUGUUACCAAGCCAAAGAUCCCCGAGGCUAUCAGGAGGAACUUUGAACUCAUGGAGGCAGAGAAGACUCGUCUGCUAAUAACAGCUCAGACGCAGAAGGUUGUGGAAAAGGAAGCAGAAACCGAAAGGAAGAAGGCCAUUAUUGAGGCACAGAAAGUGGCCCAGGUAGCAGAGAUCCAGUUCCAGCAGAAGGUCAUGGAGAAAGAGACGGAGAAGAAGAUCUCUGAAAUAGAGGAUGCUGCCUUCCUGGCCAGGGAGAAGGCUAAAGCUGAUGCAGAAUAUUACACUGCUGCCAAGUCUGCUGAAGCUAACACGCUGAAGUUAACGCCGGAAUACCUGGAGCUGAUGAAGUACCAGGCCAUCGCAGCUAACAGUAAGAUCUACUUUGGCCAGGACAUCCCCAACAUGUUUGUAGAGGGAACCAACAGCCCCCCAAAGUCUGCACGCUCCCCUUCUUUGCCAAAUGCUGAACAGGACUCGUUUAAAAUGAAGCCAGACGGACAGUGAGUCCACAGCUCUGCCUCUGCACAGGACAGGAGAACCUGCUGAGGACUUGUCUUGUCAGUGGGGAGGAAAACACUGAACUGAAGAUGAUAGGUGAAGGAGCUUUGCAGCUAGUUUGGUGAACAAAACACUUCAGUCUUAAAUCUAAAUGGCAAAGAAAGAGUUGGAAAACUUAAAGUGAAAGACGAGUGAAAGUGAGAGGUAUAAGAUGAAAAGGAAAAGUUUCUGAAUCUUCCACUCUUUCCGAAAAGACGUGCUUUAGGAAUGAGAUUGAUGCCAUAGUUAAAAAUCAAAAGCAUACGAAUGCUUAUGCCUGGGAAGGCGACAGCAAGUGGUCGCCCCAAUUUACAUGUGCUUGUGUUUAAUUUUGCUUCUGGAGCUGCAUUACCUUUUUUUUUUUUUUUUAUUGUAUGCAAGAAAAAAAUGAUUUGUUGAUGAAAAUGAAUUAAUAGAUUUUUGAGAAUUAACCUCUGAUUUAGCUGCACUGGAAUCCGACAGGUGACACUAAUUAAACACUGAAUGGACAAUAGGAGCGUGUGAGGCGGGAAAAGUCAUCUCUGUGCCAUCUUCUCUUGCACUGAGUCACUGGUUCGCUGCUCUCUGCCGGCUCAAAUCAGUGUGAGGACUGUUUUAUCUCGCCUGAUGUCAAAAGCUGCUGGUGGAUGAACUAAUAACACUCUUGACAGGUUACAGACAGAUUAUUGAGCAUGGUAAAUGUAGGGAUUGCAGCAGCACUAGAUGGAGCCCAGCUUUAUUCCUAAACUAAAAUUAUUCAGAUGUGAUUAGUGAAGUCUUGGAUGAGUUGUCAGGUUGGUAGUAGUGUAGUAUAUUAUCUAGUGUUAGUUGUGGUUGAGAUCUGUUCACCGACUGUGAAGGAGAAUGAGCGGGAAAAAAAGUGCUGCUUAAAGAAAAUCACAUUUUGUCUUUUCAGACUAAUUCAGGAUGAUUAACAGCUAAUACGGGAACGCUAUGAUAAAGCAGUUGAAUAAUAGUGGGCAGUCCCCGUGUAGGAAAAUAUGGUUUUUAUUCCAUGUCAAGAAGUUGUCACAUUGUUCCUCCCUCCGUCUGGUUUUGAUUAUCGGGCCCAUGCAUGUGGAAAUUUGUAGUUUGGUUGAUUCAGAUGAUCAGUAGAGCCUGCGACUGUCUGCCAUCUCUGUUGUUAUAGAGCUAAUUCAGACGUGGUUAAAUGCAAAUUCUCAGGAAAUGUACUUUAUUUUCGUAAGACAGCUGCUCAACGUUGGGCAGAGCGUGGACUCUCCAAAAGUCCGAAGCAACAAAUAACUUUGAUUGAAGGAUUCGUUCUGGUUUAAUGUCAUAUUAAAAUGGAAACUACACUGCUUUUAACAAAAGAAAUCAUUAGUUGCGUCUCCUGCAGAUACGUAUGGUGGCAUUUCCAUUAAACCAUCACUAUUUUACUGCACCAUCUAUUUACAGUAGGUGUCUAAUUCUGACAUGAGGCUUUUGGUCUGUAGAAGUGAAACAAUUAUAACCUCCUUUCCACUGUAAAUGUUUACAUAUUUGCUGUAAUUCAAGAAUUAAUGGACUACAGAAUUCUGCAGUCUUUGCUAACCAGGAUGUUCUACUGGCUAAGUGACACACAACGCCGAAUUACAAUAUAUUAAAUUACACUUAGUGAGAAUUUCUUUAACCUCUGAUCAGUUUUGUAACGACACGAGCGCCAAUACUACACAGUAUUUUAAUGCUGUGUAAAUAGAAGCUUUGUUCUAUUUAGAGAUGAAUGUUGAUAUUGCUUGGGCUUAAAAAAAAGAUGCAAGUUGGUGCUAGUUCUUUUGUGUUUACGCUUUUGGUUUUUCGUUCAGCUCUGCGUUUCAGAAACAUGGAAAUACUUCCACUAAUCGGAAUUCAAGCCUUAAAUAACAAUGGGUUACUCCAGACUUCCAGACUUAAAGGUUCAGUGAUUCUUAAAACUAAAAGGCUCCACUGGGACUCAGCUGUGAGAUUUCUCUAGAGCUCGGAUGUACAUACUUUACUGUACGCUUCAUCAUGGAUUCUAGCUGAGAAAGACACAACGCGCAGUGGACGCCGUUAAUGUUUGGAAGAUGUCGUGCUGUUUACGUGACCUCCAAAUGCCAGUUCAAGGCUGCGCUCUGCAUUUGCUUCGGUGGUGGGUUCAAAUAAAGAUGCAAAAGAGAGGUUUGAAUCACUUAUGAAAAUGAUUUUUUUUCUUUGUCAAUAUUUUGUACAAUCUGUGAAAUUUCAACAUUGUCUUCUUGUUUUAAAAGGUUUAUAUGCAAAAAUGUUUUCAAGUUUUGACAAUGUUCUUAUGUAAAAUAAAAAGCCUAUUUUGGUA